CGAACGAUAUACUUGAUUAUGGCAUGAAUCCGCGCAGAACGCAGAACUACUACGACAACGACGACGACGACGACGACAUGACGAGUGAUUAAAUGACACGGACGUUCGAUAUAAUAGCAAUGGUAUUUCCGAAGUGACGGUUCUUCUCUAACGAGUUAUGAAGCGCGCGGGAAUUCGUUAAAAUGACUACGUAAAUUUAUCCGAAUCGAAUUUCAUUGAAGGUUUUUUCUAACGAAUCGUUUACUUAAAAAAAGACCCUCCUUACAAAAUGACGGACAAGGAGGAAGAUACGUUCUGUAAAAAAAUGCGUAAAGCUACAAGAGAAAUUCAUGCCAUUAGUGAUGCUUUGGUAAACGCUAAAUUAGCAUUCGGAUUUCUCGAUGAUUCUGUAUGGGCUGAUGGUCUUCUGGUCUUCUAUGAAAUUUUCCGCUAUCUAGAAGGUGCAAUGAUUAGAUUAAAAAAUACUAAAAUUGGAUUAUUACGGCUUACUGAAUUACAACGUACUGAGGCUUUUGAACAAGAUCUUGAAUACUAUUUAGGAAAGGGAUGGAUGAAAAAUUAUAGUCCUAGAGACAGUGUUAUUAAAUACCUGAUGCGUUUAAGAGAAAUAGAGGAUACAGAGCCCACUUUACUUAUGGCAUAUAUUUAUCACCUUUAUAUGGGUCUUCUUAGUGGAGGAAUUAUUUUACGAAGGAAAAGGCAACUUAUGCAAAAGAUUUCACCUUUCAAAGAAGUAACUAGUUGUGGCAAUAAUAUCACGGACUUUAAAAAUCAUAACAUUUUUGAAUUAAAACGUGAUUUGCGUGAAACGAUGAAUAAAAUAGCUGAAACAUUAGAUGAAGAUACUAAAAAUAAACUCAUUGAAGAAAGUAAAAUAGUUUAUGCCUUAAACAAUGAAAUAAUUAGAAGUGUACGUGGUGCAGGCACUGUUAUCUUAAAAAAAAUAUUUUAUUUCAUUAGUGCACUCAUACUUAUUUUAAUUGUCUUCCUAGUCUUUUUUAAAUAAUAACGAUAAUAGAUCAUUCUCUCUAUAAACCUUUCUUAAAUUAUGUUUUAAUAUAUUUUUACUAAUUGCACUUUUUCUAAAAAAUAAAUUAUGCAAAUUUUUUAUAAGUUCACGUAUCAUUAUUGUUCAUAAGAAUCAAUCGAACCAUUCAUUUAAAAAUAUUUGACUACAUUUUAUUAGUAAAUACAAAAUUUACUAAGCAGUGUAAAGAUCUUAAUUGUGAUCGUAUAGCACAUAUACAUUACUGAUAUUUUAACAUUAAGAUGGAUUGUGAUAAACGUUUAGUUAAAAUAAAAAUCUACAUAAUGUUACAUUACUUUUCCAACGAUAAUUAUCCUGACGUAAACUUGUACAAAACAAAAAUUCUUUUGUUGUAUGAAAUAAAAAAAUUAUAUGAAGACUUC